AUGUGCCAUUUGAUUCAAUGCCCAGCGACAAAUCUUGGUCACCAGUGGUUACUCGUCUGGUCACGGGGCAGAGUCACCGGUCAGUCACCAAAGGCUGGUGACGCAACCGGUGACCCUAGUGUAAUAGGCGCCAUAAGAACCAGUGCCCAACAACUAGUCUGGUCACCGCAAAGCUGGCUUGUAGACAUUGAGACAAAUCCAGAGCUUGCGCAAGCAACCUUGGGCCAACUUUUUGAACAGCUGUCAGAGUGUCUGAAAAAAGCUGCAAACUUCAAAGAGAACCAGAAGAAAUUCAAGGUGGAGGUGACCAGGUUUGACAUCCUAGACGAGGUAGUGGCAGACGUCAAGUUGCGACAGUUGUUGUGGGAGAGUGUAGAGGCUUGGGAGAGAUACUCGGACGACUGGUUCCACAACGACUUCUCAACACUGUCUCCCGAGGACCUGGGCCAGACGACGGCGAGAUUCAUCAAGUAUGUGGUGCAGUUUGAAAAAGGCCUUCCGGAGAAUUUCAUCGUUCCCAAACUGAGAGAGAAAGUGGAGCGGAUGAAAGACAAGCUGCAAGUGAUCACUACAUUGAGGAACCCAUGCUUGAAAGCAAGACACUGGAUGGCGAUUGAACACGUGCUCAAUACAAAGUUCUCUCCUGAAGUCACCAUAACUCUGGAGAUGCUGGAGAAGCUAGGUGUGUUUGCGGUUCCCAAUGAGCUGCAAGAUAUAUCCGGUCAGGCCAGCUCAGAAGCUAGUCUGGAGGCACUUUUAUUCAAGGUGGAGGAGGCGUGGAGAGCCUUGGAGUUGGUAGUGCUGCCUCACAAGGAGGCCAAGGACGUGUACAUCCUGGGCAGUACAGAGGAGGUGCAGACGACGCUGGACGAGAGUAACAUCAACAUAAACACCAUUGCCAGCUCUCGUCAUGUGGGCCCCAUCAAGCCUAGGGUGGACGACUGGAUCAAGCAGCUUGACCUGUUCGCCAAGACCUUGGAUGCGUGGUCAGAAUGCCAGACCAACUGGUUGUACUUGGAAUCGAUAUUCUCAGCACCUGAUAUUCAGAGGCAGUUACCAAUAGAGUCAAAGAUGUUCUUACAAGUCGACAAGUCUUGGAAGGAGAUUAUGAGGCGUACAGCCAAGAAUCCACUUGCUUUAUCAGCUUGCACUCAUCCUGGCUUGUUAGAAACAUUUCAGAACAACAAUAAUUUGCUGGAUCAAAUUUUGAAAUGUUUGGAGGCGUAUUUGGAAACCAAGAGAGUCGCUUUUCCAAGGUUCUAUUUCUUGUCUAAUGAGGAACUUCUUGAAAUUUUGGCUCAGACCCGCAACCCACAUGCAGUGCAGCCUCAUCUGCGUAAGUGUUUUGAUGCUAUCUCGAAGCUGCAGUUUGGUACGAAGCAGGUGCUGCCAGAAGGGGCUGUGGAGGGAGACGAAAAUGUAGAGCUAGAAACUGUUCUUACCACUGAUAUUGUGGCCAUGAUAUCUCCUGAGAACGAAGUUGUUUCUUUGGGCAAGGGACUCAGAGCUCGAGGAAAUGUCGAGGACUGGCUUGGUAAAGUGGAGGAGGCGAUGUUUUUGUGUUUGCGGAGGGAAAUGAGAGAAGCGCUCGUAGAUUACAACAAACGACCUCGCACUGAAUGGGUUCUGUACCAUCCGUGUCAACCAACCAUGGCCUUCAAGGAGGUCUUCAAACAAUGUCAAUGA